CACAAAUAUCUACCAACAUUUCCCGCGCAGAGUACAGUAAAGUUGCAGAGAAACCAUGGCUGCUGCCACCACCGCCAUGAAUCCACAAACCCUCUCCGACACCGAUAUCAUCCGCCUCGCUCAACAACAACCUCAAACCACCGCAGCAGCACCACAACCUUUCUUACUCUCAACAACAUCUCAUUCAACACUAAUCUCCUUCCUCACCUCCCGUUCCAAAUCUUCAUCUCCUUCAUCAUCAGUAACCGAAUACAUCUCUUCAUUAAUCUCUGUAAUCUCUCAAUCACUCCAAAACCCUAAUAUCUCAUCUCUAUUCUCAUCUCUAUUACAGACUUACUUAAACCUCUUCCAUUCUCACAAAAUCCCUCACGAUUCAAACUCAUCUAAAAUCAUCAAUCUCUUUGCUCUUUACAUCGAUAAUCUCCCUAAAAACAAACUCAUAUCAACUGUUGAUUUGAUUGUUUCUGAUUUCCCUAAAAUUGUUGAUCCUGAUGAUACUCAACCUCUAGAUCUCCUCCCUCGAUUACUUGACCUAAUUCGAGACGAAAUCGAUAGUGGAAGAGAUCAUGUUAACAAAAUUCUCGAUCAGAUUUUGGAAAUCGAAUGGUCGAAGAGUUUAUUAGUUAAGAUUGUCUCGAUUAUUCGAGAUUUUUCAGUUCUCGAUAAGAUUAGGUCGAGAGAAUUUCUAGAUAAAGUUUUUACUGGAAUGAGAGAAGUUGAUUUACAGGAAUUGCCUUCAUUGAUUUAUCAACUUUUGAUUUUAGCUUCGAAUGAUUUUAGCAAACGAGAAGUGAUUGAUGGAAUCAUUGGAUUUCUUGGAGGAUUAAGUAAAAUGAGUUCAAUUGUUAGACAAGUUGAAGGAACUGUAUUAUUGCAUUUCAAUUUUGCUGUGAAACAAGAUCCAUCAUUAGGUCAGGAGAUAUUAGGAUUAGUUAAAAAUGAUUUAAGAGCUUGCAAUCAUUUCACUGUUGCUGUUUUACUGUCUAUUUGUCGGGUUCGUAAAUUUAAUGAAAGCGCUAUUGGUGUUCUUAGAAUGGCUGUUGUUAGAUCUUAUAAGGAGUAUAAAUACGCAAGAGAUUGUAAAUGGUUGCCGCAUACUUUUAAGGAUGAAUGCUUACAAACUGUUAAAAGAGUAGAGAAGGCUGUGACUAGAGCGAUUAAUGAGAGCAACUUCGGAAGGGAACAUCUUGUACCUAGCAUUGUGCAAUUUGGGCUUGUUCUGCUAGAAUCAGCAGAAGAGUGUAAGGAAGUUGGAUUUGAUGAUUUGAUGGGCAUUGAGGAGCUUGGUAUUCAUGUACUGAAGAUACUAUUUGAUGUUUAUGAAAUGGCACGGAAUGAGAUUGUCGAGCAGUGUAAAUAUCGCAUCCUUUCUACUAAACAUCAACAGAGUCUGCCUAUUAUCAAGCUUCUUGCAGUUCUGGUUCAGAGGUAUCCGUAUCUCAUGUUGGAACAUGUUGGACGCUUAAAAGAACUGUUGGAUUAUUUCACUUUCAUGAAUGCUCAAACUGCUAGUUCUCUUGUCACUGCUCUGUUGCCUCUUGUCAAACUAAGUCGUGAUCUCCAGGAUUAUAUUAUUUUAGUUGUGCGGAAAGCUAUGUUUAGAAGAGAAGAAACUGUUCGGCUCGCUGCGACUAAUGCUAUAAUCGACCUGAUUCUGGUGGAAAAUGAAUCCAAAAGAGAUCGGCUGAACCUUUUACAAGAGUCCUCUAGCCAAGCUAGUUGCAGCCAACAAGCAGAUAUACAUUACGAGAAACGACCAGGACUCUUUCAUGAGAUGAGUGGUUUGAUGAAGAGAUGUCUCUCUCAGCAGGCAAGAGUUAAAGAGAGCAUGUAUGAAGGGCUUAUGAAACUUGUCGUGGUGGACCCAUUGACUAUCGGGCCUGCACUAGAUUUUCUCUUACCUCACUUCCUUCGCUUUUAUACAGAGGAUGCAGACAUACCACUCAAUCUGAGCUGUUGUUUUAAAUCUGAAAGUGGCAAAGUUUGUCUAGAGGAACCUUUGGAUUGUCUUCUAUCUUGUGUCUCCUGGAUUCUUCUUCUCCAGACACAUGGUAAAGCUGAUCACCCCUCUGACUACUCAUUGGCAUGUUUUGGUUUCUCCCUUACACAGGCAAAUGAGGCUGGUAGAGUUUCAGCUGGUGAGGUAUUUUCCAAUGCAUUGUUAAAGAUACGCAAACUUUUGACAACUGAAAAUUUGGAAGGUAUUACAGGUUCAUAUGAGGGUUCUGGGUCUUCUGGCCCUCGAUCUUCGGGAACUGAGAAGGGAAACUACUGCGCUUCAAUUUUGUCUGGGAUUGUUGAGGUAUUGCUAAACUCAGUUGCAAUGGAACUGGAGAAAGCAACCGAUUUGGCCAAGGUGGAUCUUGAAAAGGAACUUAUUGAGCUCAGUGAAAUUCAUGAUUCGCUACAGAAGAAAAUAUCUAGAACUAAACAAGUUAGUGGUAUCAAAAGAGGGACUCAGAGAGCGACUUCUCAUGACAUACCUGGUAGUACUGAUCCAUGCAGUAAGGACCGCUCUCAUGUUGAUGCUGGGUCCCUAAAAUUGCCUCAUGCAAGAAAAUCGUUCUUGGCAUCAUCAAGUAUCUGUCAGUUAUUACAAAUGGCACUGAAAUUAUAUAAUUUUAACGAUUCUAAUGGCUGUACAGAUUCACAGAAUCACAGCCAGCCAUCUCUCAGCGGCAAAUCACCUAACUGUGGUAAACUGAUAUCUUUUGCUUUGAAGGCUUCUCUUGAUCAAAUAAGAUCUUUCCCAUCCAUAGAGAAGGGUGAUCCGCUAAAAUCGUUACUUUAUGGAGAGAUCAAAUUGUUGGGUCCUCCUUUGCUUAAAUUGGUCUCUAUGCUAAAGUCUGGGCCGAAGUUAUCAACAGAUCAGAAGAAAAAAUCAGCCAAAGGCAGGAAAGUUGUGGAGGAAAGAGGGGAGCAGAUUCUUUCAUCUCUAAUUUGCUUGAGUGAAUUGGUUUUAUUGAGUGUGCAUUCUGCUGACUUUACUGGGCUGAUUGGCGAUUUGUUGUCAGUGUCUUUACGUGAGUAUAGUUUAGGAAAUUGCACAAAUGGUGGUGGAGAUGAGAAUGAUGACGAAGUAGUCUCGGAUAUUGAAGAUCAGCAUAUACAACAUAUAGAAUUAUUUCUGCGAAAAAUCAUUAAGCCACUGCUCUCUGAAUUUCUACAACUUUCACUUUAUCGACAAUCCGAGGUUCUGUCUGAUUUGAUGUUGGUGAUUGGCAAAAAAUUGCCUCACAGUCUAAGGAAUGUUCAUGGAGCUUGGGCUAUUGGUAUCUGCAGAAACAGUGAAGUUGAAAAACCCAAGCCUACCAAAAGCUUGGUGGCACUGACUGUGUAUUUGUGUUCAGCUCCAGAUGAUCUAAGGGUAGCCCAUGACAUGGCUUCAGAACUUGUGAAAGUUAUUGGUACAGAGACUACUGGUCCGAUCGAAAAGUCUGAAACUUAUCCUAUCAUAAACAGUUCAACUGGGACUGCAAUAGCUUCUACACUACUGCAGUUAAUUGAGUCGACUAUAGUUGAUGUUGAUUGGGCCGUAACAAAAUUGAAGACCCUCUCUACAACAAGCUAUGGAAAUUCUGUCCAUGAUCAGCAUCAAGAAGGGGAAAAGACCCCUGGACUUGUACUGGAAGAAGAUCUUUACUCAAGGUGUAAAGCUCUGGUGAACUUGUUAUCUUGUUUUGCAGAAAUGAACCUUAAUGAUGUUCUAGCGGAGCAAUUUUUAAAGUUAACUUCAAGAUUUUACAAGUACCUGGCUCUUAUGACAAAGCUAAGAAUUGCUCCGAAGGGUUGCAAACAGCAAUUACCUGGUGCUAAGUUCGAGAAGCUUGCAGAAGUAACUUGCAAAAGUCUCACAGUUCCUCUGUACAAAUUUAUGGCUCUGAUGCAAAGUAAUCAACAAGAAAAUGCGCAAAGCAAAGGAAUUCUCAAUAAGAUCAAAAGGGAAAAUCGAUCUAUUCCUGAUCUGAUAUUCCAAGUAGAAGACUAUGAGAAAUAUCUCAUCCAACUUAGCAAGGUCAGCAAAGUCAAUUUGUUGAGGCAUGCUAAACGAAGCACAGCAAGAGAUUUUAAGAUAAUCGAUGCAAAGAAGAUGGAUACUGUGGAAGAAGAACCUGAACCUGAAGCCAGUCCUGUUCAAUCUAUUGCAUCACAUAAUGAAUCCAAUGAGGAAUCUGAAGGUGACGAAGGACAUGGGUCUACGAAGGUUGCGUCGGCUGAGUAUAGUAAUCCUGAAGUAGCGGCUGAAGACUCUGGGUCUGAUGAUGGAGAUCAAGAUUCCAAUAUCAGAACCAAGAGGGCCAAGAUGAGCAAGGUUGUGCAGGACUCAGAAGAUGAAUCAUAGCUACAGCAUCAAACUGUCAAAGAUGAAGCUCAAACUAGGUUGGUCCAGUUUAGUUCAGCAUUGCUCGAAA